UAGAUCAAUUUGAAGGAUUUACAAUUCCUGAUAAUUCUGGUCAAUUGGCAGAACUUUUAAAUAUUAUAGAAGUAAUGUUUACUUUUAAGUACAACUUUUCCGCUUGGGCGCUUAGAGAUGGCAUCAUCAAAAUCUUAGAAAUUGUCUCAUGA